AUGCCGAAUUCUUGGGGGUUCACUGAAGCCGCACUGAAUGGCCCAUGUAAUGUCCUCGGCGGGCAAGCUGUUUAUCUUGGUUGUUUCCUAACAGAUAACGGCGACUUUAUUGGAGCAUACCCUCCUGCAGGCACCUCGUACUGGACCACGAUAGAGACGCCAUACAAUUCAGAAAAUCGGGUGGAAAAUUGCUAUGGCGACUUCACUCAAACCGGGUGCGGAUGGCAAGUCAAAUACUACGCCGAUGGAUAUGACUACCAAAACAGUAGUCUGGAUGGCAUCUACGCUGCGGCAGUUUAUGUCGAUCCUUCAUUCGCGACCGACGGAUCCUUGGUGCCUUCGAUUGAACAAUAUAAUUUCAAAUAUCUUGGAUGUUUGGAGGAUGGCGAGGAUGGCGCCGACGAGAACACCGGCAUCCUGCGGCCUGUGAUUACUGUGCAGCUCACAGCUAGCAGCACUUUCAUGCUUGAUUGCUUUGAAUUCUGCGCGAGCCUCAACAUGCCCUAUGCAGGCCUGGCAUCGCAAACCACUAAUACCGGUUAUUUCGGUCCAUCUACAAGCACAACCUGCCUUUGUGGGGUUUCGUUUCGGGGUAUUGUAUUUCCUAUUGCAAAUAGUGACGAAUCUUGCAACGGUUCUCCGGUCACAGGUCUAGCAUGGAUCAUGCAUCAUUGGGGUCAACUGUAUUGGUAUUUGGGCACCAGAUGGUGUAACGUUACGGGUGGGAUCUGGUUCGCCUUCUAUCGUAAUCCGAAUUACCUUGGAUGUUACGAGCCGCCAAUAUUGGGAAUCACACCACCACCAGUGGAAAACAUAUAUUCCUCCGCGUACUGUUUCCCAUCAAAUUAUCCACCAGGGACUACCUCGAAGACUCUACCAAGUUUUACUUCAGGCGCUAUCACUGUGAAUACGCAAAUACCGGCCGCGCAGGUUUGGGUGUCACCACAGUACCCUCAAUACACCUAUCUUGGCUGUUACGGCAAUGGCAGCAUUUUCCUAGAUUUUACAAAUAUGACCCAGACGCCCACCGACACGACAAUGUUGCGAGUAGAAGAUUGUAUGCAGUACUGUUCUGGUGCGGGUGGUAACGGCACCAUCCAUGCCGCGGUAUAUGGCACGGCAUAUCUUGGUGGGAAAGGAAUUGUUUGCUUAUGCGGAAACAAUGUCAAUCUCAAUAAUCAGCUCUACGCCUGGAAUUGCACUUAUCCCUGUGGAGUCGGUGGCUCAAACUUGUUUGGUGAGCUCUGUGAUGGGUACGAUGCUGCAGAUGGGAUUGGAUCUAGUGGGACGGCCGCACCUGGAGGAUUCAACGUUGCUCCAAUCGGACUUUAUGGACCUACUUCUCUUCUGACUGCUUCACCAGCAGGGGUGAGCAGGUCUAUUACACAACGAAUGUUUGGACGUGCAUUCCAACACCCUGCGUGCCUGGAACCUACACACCUUUCUGUGCACCUACUUUGA